GUUAGUGUUUCGUGCUCGUCGAGUGUUGUUCUCGGUUUUUCCUCAACAUAAAACGAAAGUUUUUGUCACAGCACACACACAGUAUAUACACACGUACAUAUAUAUACGCCUAUAUAUGCUGAGUGCAUAUAUAUAGAUUGUUAUAUAUACAUAUUGAAUUCUAAUCAAAGCCGAUAUCUGUGCGCUGUGUGCUUUAACUAAAUCGAAUAACGUGUUUUAGUUUUCUAAAUGUGUAAUAUGUUAUAUUGAAGUGUGUCCCCGAUCCAAACCAAAUCAAAAAUUAAAUAUCCCAUUGAAGUGUCUUUGUUAAGAUCGAAAAUAGUAUCCAACAUAUCAAAACCGCAAAAUCAAAAGAAAAUAAACCGCAAAGUAGCUGAACGUAGGCUGUGAAAAUUGUAAUAUGUCCGGGCCACCGCCAUUUGGCAAUGGGCCACGUGGCUGGAAUCCACGGGCACCCAAUCCCGCCUCGCCGUCGCCCUCGUCCUUUUUGUACCGUCCGCCCUCGCCGUGGACAACAGCGCCCAGUCCGCCGCCCAUAAUAUCCGGACCGCGUCCCUAUGGUCAGGCCAUGUCGCCGGCGCCCCAGCUGCGUGGCCAGCGACCCAUUGGCAUCAGCAGCGGGAGCAGCGGCAACAUCAACAACACCAUGCCGCAUCCACGUCCACAAUGGCCUGGCGGCAAUCAAUCGCCCGCACCGUAUCAGCCGCCGGGCAUGUUUGAGCCGCCGCCGCCGAGCUAUGCGUAUGGCUCCGGUCCGCGUCCCUUUCGACCGGCACCGCUGCCGCACCAAAAUUCGUAUGGCGGCCAGCCGACCAGCUCGUUCCAGCUGUCGCCCACACCGUCGCCCAUUGUGUGCCAAACGCCCAGCUCGGACUUUACAUACAGCAGCAGCAGGCAGACGCCGCUGUCGCAUCAGCAUCAGCACCAGCAGCCGCAAUAUCCGCAACCGGCGCCACCGCCGCAAUAUCUGCGCCAGUCCGGCGCACCACCACUGCCACCACAACCGAGACAACACGGACAGGAUCAGAUCGAUUUUGUGGGCGUGCCCUUGGAGCCGCCACAGCCCAGAUCCUAUGUCGUCUACGACGAUGAGGAGGAGUUCAAAUUAUUUUUUUUAUAUGUUCAUUCAUUCAUUCAUAUUUGGCUCAAUUGGAAAAAAAAAAAACAAAAAUUGCCGAAAAAGAAGUUAUAAAUAGUUGUGUUCUAAAU